AUGAUGGUUGCGGCGAUCCGCACAAAUCACAAGAGACGGCGUCAAACUUAUCCGAUGCCACAAUUACGAUCGCUCAUAAUCCUCGUAGCGGCAGAAAUUGCAUCUUCCAGAAAUACAGUCUCGUCUUUCGUCGCCACUCCUCGCCCUUUACUGCUCGCUCCAUCGCUAGCGACCUAUUCCACCACCAAGCCACCAGAAUGCACGGUUCACGACGUUGCCGACCUCGAUUGCAUCUCGCAGCAAUUGGGCUAUUUGCCGACAAAUUUUGUUGGUGUGUCAGCCCGUAAUGCGGAUCGUGUACCCGUUGCGAUCCAAACCUACCCUUUGUUUGGGGGUGCACCCCGUCGUCAGAUCAAAACAGCCGCAAGCAUGCCGAAUACGCAGUUGCGCAUGUUGGGGACACCCUUCCCUACACUAUACUGGUUGACCUGCCCAAUAAUUUCCAAGGCUAUUGCGAAUCUGGAAGGACAGGGCCACGUACAACGUAUACAACAAAUCGUGCGAGAAUGUGACGAUUUAACGCAACGUUUAUGGACGUGUCACGCCGAGUACGCGGAAAAUCGUUGGGAUUCUCUGACCCAGAUAGAUCGAUCCGUUUUGGAAAACUCGGACGAAUCAAGUCGUAUUCGUGACAUGCUGCAAUACUCCGGCAUUGCUGGAACCAACGUUACGCGGGUAGUAAGGACAGCGCGCGAGAACGACGGCAAUCCGCGUCGGAAUGAGCCCGCGUCGGGUUGGCAACCCUCCAUCAAAUGUUUACACACCCACUAUGCACAUUUUCGAAGUACGACGUUUUCAAAUCAGGUAAAGAAGCCAACGAUCAAUCCCGUAGGUGAAAUGGUGGAGGAGCUUUUACGACUCGAGUUUCCGGAAGUACUGUUGUAG